UUAUUUACAAAAUUAUAACAAAUUAAGUAAAUAAAGCAGCGAAAUGUUAUUAACAGAAAAUAAAGAAUUCGACAUAUUUGUCGCUAGCAAGAUAGGAUCGUUCAAACAUAUAAAAUACAACACAGACGCAACAAAGAACACCAAGAAACAUAUAGAAAAUCUAGUAGACAUAAAAUCGUUGCAGAAGGAUGAUAGUAUCACAUGCUUGGAGUGGGGUAACAAUGAUCAGACCGAAAUUUUGAUGGGCAGGAAAAACCAACAGAUACAACUAUAUGACACGUUACAAGGUUUCACAACUUCAUACAAAGCAGACUUUGGUACCGGUGAUAUAAUCGGACUAGGUCGUUGCAAACGUAAGCUCCUAGCGGCCUUAUCAAGUGGCGUUGUCAAGAUAUGGAGUAAGAAGGAAGAGAGCAUACUCAAAGUUGGUGAAAAGUUGGAUUGUAUGAGAAUAUGUCGUUUUGAACAUUGCUUAUUUGCUACGGGUGGCGAAGAGAAUGACUUAAAAGUACACCGUAUAGGUGAACAAAGUCCAAUAUUCGUGGCAAAAAAUCUCGCUCACGAUUGGUUGCAACUGCGCAGACCUGUGUGGGUGACAGAUUUGACCUUUUUAGACGAUGUUAAUACAAUUGCUGUAUGUUCCAGACAUGGAUAUAUUAGACUGUAUGACACACGUGCGCAAAGAAGACCAGUAUGUAAUAUAGACUGCCCCAAUAUGGCAGCUACAUGCAUUACUUCCAGUUUCGAAGACAGUGACUGGAUGUGCAUUGGAUCCUGUUUGUUUACCUACCGACAUCUAUCAUCAGGGCUGGUGAUGAUAUUUUUAACUUUCACAGCUACGAUACCUGACGAAAAGCUUAUUGUAAGCGCGAGUCUGGAUCGACACCUGAGAAUUCAUAAAUAUGACUCUAAGGAACUUGUUUACAAGCAAUACUUAACCUCAAAACUAACUCGUAUUCUAACGCAAACGGUGACUUCCACCCCUCUCCGCUCCCCACCGUCACCUCUGCCACUGCAAGACACAGAGCUCAAGCAAGAAGACGACAUGGAUGAGCUGUUCGAUAAUAUGGAAACUGUGGGCGAUAGAGAAAAACCGAAAAAGAAGAAAACAGAAAUAGAAGAACCAGAAAUAAAGAAAAUAAAACCAUCAAUAGAAGGUAGCACAGAAGCCGUGCAAGACAAAAACGAAGCAAUUGCAAAGCUUCUCCGCAGCACGGAGAAGCAGAAGCGUCGUCUCGAGAAGCGGAAGAAAGAGAAGCGUGCCAAGAGCGUGUUUCAUAAUGCUUAGAAGAAAUAAAUGUUA